UUCAGGUGUUGAGUUGAUCGAUGUUGAAGUUGAUUUCGAGAGAGAGCUUCCGCUAGAAAACAUUAUUAGUAAAUCAUUGUAAAUUUCUUUUUCAAUAACUUUAAUCAAUGAGCUUUUGAUUUUGAAGUUUAAGUUGUUUUAGCCUGUGCACUCGGUUAAGAGAGAACCGAGUGUGGCGGUAGCACCCCUAUUUCCCUUUGAAUUUUCCGCUGCACAUUUUGUGAUGUUUUCAAAUAAAGUUAAAAAUAUUUUCCAAUAAAUCAUUAUUUAAAUGUAUUUUUGGGUGGGAAAUUUGGGGGUGUUACAGCCUGUGAUCACCCAACUGUCAAACUCACUGGUGCCUAUGAUGAAAAUCUGAAGCUGCAGCGCAGCCCCUUUUGAUCGAGAAGCAAACUAUUGUGGCAGCUUCAAGGUCUGUAAACAAUGAAGGCCCUUAUGAUAGUUCAAAUGAUACCCAAGUUGUAAAUGUUCAAUCUGUCAAUCCUGUAGCCACAAUAGCCCCAAAAAAUUGUAACAAGAAUUGUGCAACUAUUCUUGAGAAGGAAACGGCUGAUACCUCUGCUCGCCAACGCCACGGUGCCUUCAAACAUGACGAACCCCUGGUGGCUACCUGUAACAAGGCGGUAACCGGGAAAGUAGCUCAUGAUCUGAUUAUGUGUGUCCAAACCGGAAAUGAAGAUCUUCUUUCUGAUCCUAGCACUUCAGAUACUACACCAGCCCCAAAACUAUCCUGUGAUGAAAUCAUUUCUGAGGACAGUCUAUUUUUAACUCUUUCUGUUUCAGGUAGUAAAGUAAUCCCACCUGUCGAUGAGGAACUCCUGGAAGGCUUUACGCAGGUCAAAAGAAGAAACAACAAAACUGUUAGAUGUGGAAGCAAACCUGAUGGUGUUUGCCUGGUGGUUGGUUCUUGUGCUCCUGGAUUUAAAGACAACUCUACAAGUGAUGUUAUUUUCAGUAGUUCAUCUGUCAAGGAAAUCGGAGAGUCAAGAGUACAUUUUUUUGGGGAGGCAUUUCCAGCUGGUUUACGUAUGUUGACACUCAAUCUAGAUGUCCAAAACUGGAAGAGUUACUUGAGAACUAUUUGGACUUGAUGCCUAGCUAUCAGGGUUCAGGUUCUAAUGUGGAGGAAGUUGAUGAGGAAGUAGGCAUAACAGAAAUGUAGACUGAGUUCUAGUUAAGGAG